CAGCGGUUGGACAGCGGUGAGUACAUUAGCGCACGCGUACUAUUCCAAUCGGACGGAAGUCAACAUGGCGGCUGAAGAGGAGGAUGAAGACAUUUGGGACAGUUGGGAAGAUGUGGCGGAUUCUGGGGAAUUAGAAAGACGGAUGGAGGAGAGAGAAAAGCAAGUGAGAGAAAAAGAUCAGAAAGCAUCGAGUACAUCAAAAAAAUUACAGGAAACUAAGACUGGUUCACCAGUUCUUAUGCAAGAGGAUACAAACAGAACUCUAUACAAACCACAGUUGAGAAUCUUAAAGAGGCCAGAUUCUGGUGGUACAGAUAAUGGAAACAAUCGAGAGUCCUCCAAAGACAAGCCUGUACAUAAAACUUUGGCAGAAAGACAGGCACAGUAUGCAGAGGCCAGAGCAAGAAUAUUGGGAACUGCGUCAGACGAAAACAAUGAUUCAGAAAAAGAUGGAAUACCACAAACAAUACAACUUGAACAGAAACUUCCAGAGAAUGUCAUUCGACUACCAAGAGGUCCAGAACACGAUGCUUCUAAAGGAUUUCAAGCUGCAAGGUGAACAGAUGAUAUGCAUUACCAACAAUAUGAAUUAUAACGGGGUAUUUUAUCGUGAAGUGCACGUCAAACAAAAAACGUGGAACUGAAAGUGCGGGCCGAACUAUUGUAUGUACACUUCAACAGGAGAGCCAUUCAUGUGUUCACACAUACAGCGAGUGUAUGUGUUUUUUGUGGGAAUACAUGUAUCUGGUUCACAAGCUCUUUAUCAUCACAUUAAGGAAUAAUCCUCUUCUGGUGGCAAUCUGUUGUGGGAAACUGAAUUUGAUCCACCAGAACGAAAAAAAUGUUCGUUUUCCUGACUCUAAAUGCCGUUCACUUUUCAUGUGGCGUGGUAUACAGAAACGUCCUGGAUUGGCGUCGUGUGACGAAACCGUGCUGUUCCUAGGUCACAAAUCUAACGGCACAUGAAAAUCGUGCAGGUCGUUGAAAUGUGCUGGAAACUGUCACGCCACCCUAUAGCGACAGGAGCACUUGGUUGGGCGUGGACGUUAUCCAAAGCUUGCAUUGCUUGCCGGGAAAUCCACAACGUCCCAGGAAGUUCGAGAGGAAAUAGAUCUUAUUAACUGAUGGACUCCUUAUGAACUGCAAGAUGGUUCGUUCCCAUUGAACUGCCCUUUCAUCUGAGUGGCCACUGGGGUCUCAUUGUGCAAUUGUUACAUGUAAGCUGUAAUGUGUUUCUGAAUCGCAUCCGAAAAUCAUACUUGGAUCGAGCUGAAAGCGUGAGAAGUUUCUCAUCACAACCCGGAAAAGUGAUCGAAUUCAAUCAGAAUAUAACACGCGCGCUACGACAGCUGAAGCGAAACUGCCUCGUAAGACAUCUUCAACGAAAACCACGGCCCAACGGUCAUGGCUAAUAAGAUAAUGAUACGAUCAAAAGACUACCUUUUUCUAGCUUGUAUAUGAUUCAAUGUCCGACUGGUGAGCAAAAGACUGUCUUGCAGUGUUUCUAUACGAACCUAGGCGAGCGGGUUACAGUGUAGGUAGGGAGAGAACUAAAAGUACGUAACUACCCCUUUCUUUCUGUCCCUCCCCCAUCUAGUCCACGAGGUAAGAGCGUGCUCAUAGAUUAGUGUUAGCCUGCAGAACAGGCAUCUUUGCGAGAGUAACAGGAGUACAGGUACAAUGCUGUAAAACAAUUCGCUUGUGUCGGGUUGGGCGACCACUGUGGGAUCAAUAACCAUGUAGCCUACACAUAAAGGGGCCUGUAAAGCACCGGGCUGUCUUGUCAAAGUUAGUAAACACGAUGCUGUUGAAA